UUAAAAAUUGGCGGGGAAAUCGAAAAAUAAACAAAAACAAAAACAAGAAUGGCUGUUAUUUGACACAAUUCGUGUGACAUUUCUAUAGAAUUUAGUAAGGAGUUAAUACUACACACAGUCUUGGAUUUUAUAGUAUAUCCUUGAUUAUUUACAGAACCAGCAAUCUAUUUUUUAGCAGAAAUAUUGAUAAAUCCGAUGAGUGGCCAAUGGAAUGGUCAGUGGAAUAGAGGUGGUGGAAGGGGAAACUGGAGAGGACGAGGAAAUUGGCGUGGUAGAGGUGUUUAUAACCAGUAUGGAAAUCGAGGAAAUUGGAGAGGUGGUGCUACCGGUAAUAAUGGUAGUAGGAAUAAUAACAAUAAUUUAGGUUCCUUAAAUAAAUCCCAGCUGAAUUUCAUGGGAGAAGUACCACAGAAUCCAAGACCAAGAUUAGCACAAUCUCGUAUUGAAACAUUAUCUCCAUACAAGGGAUGGAAGCUCUAUUUGCCAGAGGAAGCCUAUUCAGAUCAUUCACCAACAGUAAAAAUGAUACAAACGUUUGGAAAAUAUUUUGUCAGCUGGUCAAGUACCUACAAUCUAGAUGAUAUUGAAGUAACAGGAUUCAUAACAGUGGAUUUCAAAGAUUUUUCAUCUGAUCCAAUAAUAACUGGUUCUUAUCCCGGCCUCUCAAAUGAAUUGAGGAACAGUCCAGAAAAAAUCGUUUCAUGUUUAGGACUAGCCAUACAUCAGGUAGUGUGUAACUUUCGUAAGAAAGAAAAUGAAGAGAGUGUUGAUCUUACUCCAUCUCAAAAGUUAGACUACAGUGUUCCUAUUAUACAUGCUAGAAUAAAUAAUAUUGGAUCUGCAACACCUUUAAGAUUAGUCAAAGCUAAUUGUUAUGGUAAAUUUAUAUCAAUAAAAGGAACAGUUGUACGAGUGAGUAAUAUUAAACCACUAUGUACCACCAUGGGAUUUGAGUGUGUUUCUUGUAGUACAGUACAGUGCCUAUCUUUACCUGAUGGAAAGUAUAUUGUACCAACUAGAUGUAUCUCAUCUACUUGUCGAGGAAAAAUAUUUACUUCACUGACAUCAUCACUUUAUACAGAGACUAUAGAUUGGCAAAGUAUAAGAAUACAAGAAAUAAUGUGUGAUGAUCAAAAGGAAUCAGGAAGAAUACCACGCACUAUAGAUUGCGAUUUAACUUAUGAUUUAGUUGAUAGUUGUGUACCUGGUGAUAUUGUAACUGUUACUGGUAUAGUCAAGGUUAAUAGUGUUGAAGAAAAUCGAAGCCGUACUAAAGACAAAUGUAUGUUUUUAUUAUAUCUACAUGUUAAUAGUGUAAGUAAUCUGAAGGGUAAUAAUAAAGCAGCAGGAGAAAGUACUACUGGACUUGCUAUGGAUUUUAGUAUGAAAGAACUAUAUGCUAUAGAAGAAAUACAAAGUGAAGAAAAGUUAUUCAGAUUAUUAAUAGGCUCAAUCUGUCCAUCCAUUUAUGGUCAUGAGAUGGUGAAAGCUGGAUUAGUAUUAACAUUAUUUGGUGGUACCAACAAGUAUACCAAUGAUAAAAAUAGAAUACCUGUACGUGGUGAUCCUCAUAUUCUGAUUGUAGGAGAUCCUGGUCUAGGUAAAAGUCAGAUGUUACAAGCUGUAUCUAAUGUAGCACCUAGAAGUGUAUAUGUUUGUGGUAAUACAACAACUACAUCAGGAUUAACAGUUACUUUAAGUAAAGAUGGUGGAUCUGGUGAUUAUGCUUUAGAAGCAGGUGCGCUAGUAUUAGCUGAUCAAGGUUCUUGUUGUAUUGAUGAGUUUGAUAAAAUGUCCUCUCAACAUCAAGCUUUACUAGAAGCUAUGGAACAACAAAGUAUUAGUAUUGCCAAAGCUGGUAUUGUUUGCAGUCUUCCAGCUCGUACAUCUAUAAUAGCAGCUGCUAAUCCAGUUGGUGGUCAUUACAAUAAAGGGAAAACUGUUUCCGAGAACCUCAAAAUGGGCAGUGCAUUAUUAUCAAGAUUUGAUUUAGUUUUUAUACUGUUAGAUAAUCCAGAUGAGGAAUUGGAUGGUAUGUUAUCAGAACAUGUCAUGUCUUUACAUGCGGGAAGAAAGAUACCACCAAUGAAAGUUUCUGUUCAUAGAGAUUUACAAGAAAUGGAUGAAUCUAGAUUACAGUGGGAAGCUGACCGACCACUCAGUGAAAAACUUAAAAUUCCUAAAACUGAGACAUUUGAUCCUAUACCAAACCAGUUGCUCAGAAAGUAUAUUGGCUAUGCAAGAAAAUAUGUUCACCCUAAAAUUGGAACUGAAGCCUCAAAAGUUCUACAGGACUUUUAUCUGAACUUGCGAAAGCGUCAUCAAAGUCAAGACAGUACACCUAUAACAACUCGCCAAUUGGAAUCUUUGAUACGAUUAACAGAAGCUCGAGCUAGACUGGAACUUCGUGAGGAGGCCACAAAAACAGAUGCAGUGGAAGUGGUUGAAGUAAUGAAAUACAGUAUGUUUGAGACCUAUUCAGAUCAGUUUGGUUGUAUAGAUUUUCAACGAUCUCAACAUGGAUCUGGUAUGAGUGGCAGAUCAAAGCCCAAGAAAUUUAUUGCUGCUUUACAACGAGUUGCCGAACAAACUUAUAAUUCUAUAUUUACUGUGGAUCAAAUGAGACAAAUUUCUAAGGACAUCAAUAUAUUGGUAACUGAUUUUGAAGGAUUUGUUAGUUCUUUAAACAAUCAAGGUUUUCUGUUGAAGAAAGGACAUCGUGUGUAUCAACUACAAACGUUUGAUUACUGAAUGAUGACAGUGUUCAUGUCAUAAAGGAUGUAACUGUGAUAUUUUUUUUUAAAAAUCUGUAUAAAUUACAGGCUUAGACUGGGUGUGUGUGACAAUUUAUUUUUUAGCGGUAAUGAGCCUAGCAAUCGCUGGAUAAACUUGGUGUAGAUGUUCAUUAGGUGAAUGUCUUAACUGAGUUCAAUGAUUAACAUUUUCCGCUAAAGCUGAACAAAGCUUAACAAUUUCAUUGGUCGAUGCUUUGGGACAAGAUACCGUUGAUUCUAACUGAUGGAGAGUGAUGAAACUUAGUGUAUAGUUACAUUGCCAGCACCAGGGACUUCAAAACCUUGACUGAGUUUGAUUGUGAACAUUUUCUUCUUAGACUAAGUACAGAUAAUCAGUUUAAUUGCUUGAUACUUUUCAAAAAGAUAAAUUUGCAAUUAACUAAUAUGUGUCAUCUGUUUAUUUCGGACAUCAGCCUCUCUGUUAGUCAUCCUGCGAUCAUUAUUUUGAACACAAAAAUUUUGAUUUUAUAAACAAAUAAACAAGAUAAAACAGUACAUGAAUUGAUGUAACAAAAAUAUGUAUUAUUGUUAUAAUUUGAUGCAAUAUGUAUACUAUAUGUAGUGAAAUAUGCACAAAUUUAUAAAUAAAAACAAUGCCAUAAUCAUUCAACAAUUCUAAAGCAGGUCUUUAUAAUUAUAACAAAUAUCUGACAUCAGUGAACACUUAAACAAAAGAAAGAAAUAUGCAACCUAUGUGGUGAUUAACCAUUUAUCUUGCAUAAGUUGCUGAAUAUCUAAAUACUACUUUGUUUGUGUAUUAAUAAUUAAUAAUUGUGUGAAUUAAUGACUGUGGACGGAUUUUGGAUGAUUUCAAAAAAUGACAACAUUGUUUGUGGAAAGAUUUUGCAUGAUUGUAAAAUUGUCUACUCUGUAGAUUCUUAAAAUUGUAUAAUUUAAGGGCACUGAGUACUCUAAAAAUGCACAUUUUAAAGCUAGCACUGUAAGUUUUGUUCAUAAGAUAUGAUAUUUUUUAUACAGGUCAUAAUGGAAUACAAUUACUGCUUAUUAUUGAGCGACAUUUCUGAUAAUGACUUUAAGAGAAGCCAAGUUGAAAUGUCGCUCAGUAAUAAGCAGUAAUUGUAUUCCAUAGAAUUAUGACCAGUAUAUUCCAAUUCAAUUACUAAAUGCCAUUGAAACAAAUGAUAUCUUUUGUUAUUUGGGGUCAUAAUCUACACAUUAAUCACCCAAAAAAUACCAAUUUUAUUUACCAACUAUAUUCUAAACUUAGCCGAAAAGUAUUAUAAUAUAGGGUGCUGAUGACAACAAAAGUAUAAUUUUCUCAGUUACAUGUAUGCAUACAUGGAUUUUCAUUAAAUUUGGCAUGAACAAUGCUAAAUGCAUGUCCAAGAAACCUACGGUUCACAUAAUGAGUUUACUUGGAAAUUCUAUAACUUUAUGCUAAAAACAGAUAGCGAUAAUCCUAACCGUAGAUUGAAAGUAGAUGUAUAAUUGACAUUUCGACACCAAAUACGUUUAAAAAUAUUAACUCAAAGUAUUUUGAAAUUUUUGUUCAUCAUCUACCUUGAAAUGAGAUUUUAUAAUUUUGGGUAAAUUCUUUGAAUAAGUCCACAACAAGUUUUAAAAAGUAAAUGAUAUCUUUUGUUAUUUGGGGUCAUAAUCUACACAUUAAUCACCCAAAAAAUACCAAUUUUAUUUACCAACUAUAUUCUAAACUUAGCCGAAAAGUAUUAUAAUAUAGGGUGCUGAUGACAACAAAAGUAUAAUUUUCUCAGUUACAUGUAUGCAUACAUGGAUUUUCAUUAAAUUUGGCAUGAACAAUGCUAAAUGCAUGUCCAAGAAACCUACGGUUCACAUAAUGAGUUUACUUGGAAAUUCUAUAACUUUAUGCUAAAAACAGAUAGCGAUAAUCCUAACCGUAGAUUGAAAGUAGAUGUAUAAUUGACAUUUCGACACCAAAUACGUUUAAAAAUAUUAACUCAAAGUAUUUUGAAAUUUUUGUUCAUCAUCUACCUUGAAAUGAGAUUUUAUAAUUUUGGGUAAAUUCUUUGAAUAAGUCCACAACAAGUUUUAAAAAGUAAAUAUUUACAUCAGUGAACUACUCUGCCAAACUUUUUAAAACGGUAGUCUUCGACCAUCAAAUCAAAAAGAUUUCAGCGAUGUUUCAGUCGUGAUAGAUAGUAGACCUGGAUAAUCAAAUCGUAGAGGGACUCCCUUCUGGUCAUGUGACUUAAUUGGGAUAUGUUGUCCAGUGUGCAACUGUUGCUGGAGGUAGCCAUAAUUGUUUACUGCGGAUAACGUGACUGAUGUGUACGAUGUCAAAAUUUAUUCAACAACUAAUCUAGGUCGGGAAAACCUUCUUGUUUGCUAUAAAUAUUUUUUUCUUUCCGCUUGUAUCACAAACAAUCAGACUGUUAUAUGUCCUCUAGGUUAUUUUACACAUGGAACAAGUGUCUUGAUAAGAUUGAUGCUGAAAAGGUAGUGUGUAUCUUAGACUACUCAAUGCCCUUAAUACAGUUUGACAUAGGAGAAUGCUUUAUAACCUUAAAUUACAUAAGUUGAGGAUGGGGGUUCAUAAUAACCAUUAAAUUAAGAACUAGAAAAAUUAUUAUAUAAUUACUCUAAUACCACAGAUUACGGAAUUAAAAACUGGCAGGAAUAAUGAUUUUGGUGGGGGGAGGGAGGAGAGGGAAGAAUUAUAUCAGCAUAUUUCAUGUUUAGUAUGUUCAUUUCCAUAAACUUGUGUUAAAAGAGAUUCUAAAAUAUUUAAAGCAUUUUCUAUAUCAUUCUGUUGUUUAUAGUCUAUUUCUAUUAAUCUCCAGGUUCUGUUUAAAUUCUCCUUCAAAUUUAACCUUAAUUUGAUUUCAUCAGUUGAUAAUGUAUCUGUAAUGUAAAAAACAAACGUUAAUUUAAAUAUUUGUUCACCAAUACUUUUUAUAUGCCCACAUUGAAAUGUGGUUCAUAUAAUAGAGAGGUUUCACAAUUUUACAUUUACACUUAGACGUCAUCAGUUUUUGUGACGUAUGAUGUGAAGUGCAUGUCCGACAGAUAGCAGCCUCCAUAACUGUAAGUUCACAACACUUAGCUAAACAUUGUUUAAUUUCUCUAAUCCAGUCCAUACUUUUUCUCUUUGAGUCGUGGUACCUUCCCCUUCAUGUAGACAAAAUAAGAAGAAGUCGAGACAAUAUUUGCGUGCUUUACUAAUCUCACCUUUAACAAUCUAUCCGUGAUGAAGGCCUGUCGAGAUCAUGGACCAAGUUUGUUUCGCCAAGUACUACGUGUAAGUGUGAAUUUAGCAAAACGUCAUAAUGUACAAUUUCCAUUUACAAUUAUCUACAUGUAAUUGUAACUGUUACGUUGCAAAACCUCUCCUAUUGUUGUCAGAGUAUCAAUGAUUUCUGAUCAAUCUUGUGGUUGUUCAAUUUCUCAUUUAAUUGACUUGAAAUUUAUACACAGUAUUCAUGUUCAUGACACAGAUUUUCAAAGAGCUCAAAUAAUUAUCAGCCUUGAUCAAUUGCCUGGCAACUUAUAUUUAAAUACUUUGACAUGUAACCUGUAUCAAUUGAUAAGACAGGCAGCAAUACAUAUGCAUAAUAGAAGUUUCUCAUAUGCUGCUCACAAGAGCAAUAAUAAAUUUGGUUUUUAGCCAUAUUCCUCGGAGUGUUCCGUUUGAUUAGAUCUAAUCCUACUCAAACACUGCCAUACUCAGCGCAAAUUUCUGUCCCAGAUUAUGUGUUAUUGGUUAAAAAUUUAAUUAACAACCAGUACAUAACGACGUAACAAUAUCAAUCGGGAUUAACCAGAGCUCUAAAUAUGUUACCGUAAAGUGUCUGGUGACAAACGCGGCUACAUUACGUCAGAAUGUGCGAAAUGUAUUAUGCUCAAUUAUCUAGUACAUAACACAAUAUUGCAGAGAAACUAAUUGUGUGAUAAAUGAGGCUAUCCAAAAUAGCUACAAUGCCAUCAUUGUGGACCACACAGCAGAUCAAAGAAAAGGGCUGUUAUGUUUACAUAUUGUGUUUCAACAAACUGGAUAGAAAUACAACACAUGCUUUUUUGAUCAAUAAAUAAUUUAUGGAUUUUCUUCACAAAAAUGGAUAAAUAUUAUCAAAUAUUUAAAAAGGUUGGCAGUAAUAAUUGGUACAGGUUUAUAGAAUUUAUAUCAGAGAUUUGAGUCCAAGGAUUUGAAAUCAGCACUUUGAGUCUAAGGAUUUGAAAUCAGCACUAAUAAACCAGGAUUUUUUUUUAAAUAGGUCACCCCAGUUAAGGCAUGAAAAUUCCCUAUAUAUUUUACUCCGAGAGAUUUGAUUGGACGAUGAAAGUUUCAGUAACCAAGGGUAUAACUUGAUUUAUAUUACUCUCAAUUUCAAAGGGUAUUUUUCUUCCUGAGCUAAAGCAUAAACCUGAAAUAUGUGUGUAUAAAAAAUUAUUUGUUUACCUCCAUUUAACAAUUUGUUUACAACUAUUAACAAAGGCACUUCUUUCAGAUCUUUUUCGUGAAGCAGGGAAUCUAGGUCUUGAUGAGUAUCCGCCCAAACCUCAUCAUUACUUCUAUCAUUAUUUAUAACAUACACAAUACCUGUAAAACAAUAUAAAUAUUCUUAAUUAUCACAUAUUAAUUAUAUCCUUAGAGGGGGGGUGGGUACAAUUGAUCCAGAUCAUAUGACUAGACCAUUUGAUUUAUGUCAAAAAUAAAAUUGUCAAUUUUAUUGGA